GCAGCAACGGAAACCCUCAAAACGGCAGCACGAGAGAGGAGAAGGGGAAAAAAGGAGAGGAAAAACCCAAGAAAUCCGCCUUGCCCACUCCGAUCUCCCCCCGAUAAUUUCCCAUCGGAUUUCUUUCCGUAGCUCCCCCCCUCCCAGAUUCGCGAUCUGAGUCCGGAGGAUGCGCGGCGACCCCCUUCCACAUUCCCGCUCGCCCGGAUCACACGGAAGGCGUGGAGGAGCCUGACUGACUGACCGACCGACGGCUCGGGCACGCCGGGGAGGCGGUUCCAACCGAUCCGAUCUCGCGUCCGCAGGUUUCUGUGAUCUGGCAGGGGAAUGCGCGUGCCGACAUGGUAAGCCGAGGAGGAGGAGCCGUGCGGUCGUUGCUGGAUCGCCUGCGCCCGCCGCCGAGGGGGAGGAGGUGCCCCUUUGCCAUGCCGCCGCCGGUCGCCGCCGCCGCUAAAGGCGCCUGCUUCUGCAGCCUUGGCCACUCGGGCGCGUACGGCGAGGGGUCCUGGGCGCGGAGGAAGGGCGUCCUGGAUUUGGCGGCUGGCCGGAGGUUCGCGCCGGGCAGCGCGCUGAGCCUGAAGGGCUGCCUGGACUGGCAGGACGGCCGCAGGUUCAGGAGGGUGGAUGGUGGUGCGGUGGAGAUCAAGGCGCGGGUUCUCGCCCCGCAGCGGCAGUUCGUCCGUGAUGCGGAGGUUCGGCCGUCGGAGGAGGUGGGUGUGAAGAGUGUGGAUGGAAAUGGCGCUUACCGGCGUGGGAAGCGCCUUGAUUUUCCUGAGCAGCCUGUGCCGACCAAGAUGGUGGUUGCUGUUGAUGUGGAUGAAGUUCUUGGAAGCUUUCUUGCUGCUCUGAACAGAUUUAUCGCUGAGCGUUACGCUUGGAAUCACUCAGUAUCAGAAUACCAUGUCUAUGAGUUCUUUAGGAUAUGGAAUUGUUCUCGAGAAAAAGCUAACCUUCUUGUCCAUGAGUUCUUUACAACCCAUUACUUCAAAGAUGGUAUUCAUCCAAUCCCAGGCGCCCGAGAUGCUCUCCAAAAUCUUUCUUCAUUCUGUAGCCUGUCUGUAGUAACAUCUCGCCAGGAUGUAAUAAAAAAUCACACAUUAGAGUGGAUUGAGAAGUUUUAUCCAGGCUUAUUUGAGCAGAUUCAUUUCGGGAACCACUUUGCCCUGGAAGGUCAAUCAAGGUCAAAAUCAGAGAUUUGCAGAUCUUUUGGUGCUCAGGUUUUAAUAGAUGAUAACCCGAGAUACGCUUUAGAAUGCGCUGAGGAUGGCAUGAGAGUUUUGCUCUUUGAUUACGAUAACACGUAUCCCUGGUCCAAAACUGGUGUGGAUCAAUCACAUCCUCUGGUGACAAAGGUUCAUAACUGGCAGGAGGUUGAGCAGAAACUUCUCUCGUGGGUAGCACCUGAGAGUUGACAUUCUUCUUCAUCCGGUGUGAUGAGCAGAAUUAUGCUCAAGCACACAAGAAAGAGGUCGUUGGUUCCCUUUCAACAUCUCAUACAUGAACAUGUCAAGGGUAAGAUAGAAAACGCAUAUCUUUGUUUGAGAGAAUGACGAUUGAACAUCGCCUCACUGCAAUAUGCUGGGUGUAGGCCUGGAAGACAAUCAGACUCAGUCUAGCAUGCCCUGAGAUGAUUGAAGAUAUGCUCACACAGUCACGCUUCGAAGAUGUAUUCUUUUUCAGCAUGUUAGCUUCUGUGGUACUGUGGUGUAUAUACUGCCACUGCUAUAUGCAUUUGUUGAAUCAAAAAGUUGAUAUAAUUGAUCUGA